AUGCACCAACUCGGCUACGACCCGACGUCUCUCCUCCAGAAGGCUGGCGAGAUCCGUCGCGUUUGGGACUUUGCCGACCUACCGCCGCUCGACCAAGCCGACGGUCUCCCCCGCAUUGGCACGCUCAUGGCCGCGCCUGCCGCCACGAUGACGGACGAUCCCGUCUACGAUGGCCUCGAAACGUGCCUGCCGACACCCGACCCGCUGGACACCCAACGACGCGAGGUCGCGCGUCGACGCAUGGGCAUGCUGACGACCCGCCGACUGGACCACGGGUCAAGUGCGACGAUGCAAGGCGGCCUUCUCGCGUUCGCCGGUGUCAUUUUUCUUGUGCUGCUGUGGGCGAUCCUACUUAUGUGUCGGUCGUUCUGGAGGCACCGACGCGCGCAGACGGCCUCGACCAAGAUGCCACCCGCCAACCUGGUCCGGGAGCUGCCUCCCAUCAUCGUCUAG